GACGCGUGUAAAAGAACGUUACCCAACGCCCUAAAGGUAAAAACCGAGGCAAUGGAACCAGGACCAGCAAUGGCGGCUUCUCCAAAUAACGAACUCUCUCCAAUCGAAACCCUAAACUCUCCACCGUCCACUCCUCCCCAAAUGGACGGCCACGAGUCCACCUCCACCACCACCACUACCACUACCACCACCACCACCACCACCAUCACCACACAAUCCCAACUGGACACCAAUCAAGAACCACUCUCCAAUCCUGAAUCAUCAGCGGCAGCAUUGCCAUUGCCGUUGCCAGUGCCAGACGACGCCGUAUCGGGCGAGAAGCGAAAGCGAGAGGAGGAGCUACCGCCGCUGUGGAAGACGAGCCUCUGCUCCUACUUCAGGCGCGACUCAGGGUCCUGCAGCCACGGUGACGCGUGUAAGUACGCGCACAGCGAGGAGGAGCUCCGUCCGCGCCCCGAUAACACGUGGGACCCGACCUCUGAGCGUGCGAAGAAGGCCAUGAGGUCUGAGACGACGACGACGAUGACGAAGAAGAAGAGCGAGGUUUACGAAGCGGAUAUCAUGAUGACUGAGUCGCUCGUUGAUGAUGACGAUGACGACAACAACAAUGGUGAUGAUAAUAAUAAUGGCGGCGGUGGUUGCUUGGACCCUGAGCUUAGCAAGUGCUUGGUUCAUUUGCCUAGGAAAUGGAACUCACAGAAUCUGACUAGCUUUCUUGGUGAACAGGCAAUUCAGUUCAAAUCUGUGAAGAAAAAGAAAGGCAUGACUGUAGGUUUUGUGACUUUUGAAAAUGCAGAACAAUUGAAAACUGCACAGGAGGAAUUGAAAGGAAAAUCUAUUGGCAACAAAAUUUUAAAGGUUGCUGAUGUCAUUCCUCGAUCAUUUGAUAAGAAAAUUAGAUCAACAGUGGCUCUCCCUUUAAACGGACAACAAACUGGGGAACCUUCAUUGGAUGGUGAGAAUGCAGGGGUCUCUAUAUCUUCAAAUGGGGUUGAGGAUGGUGAUACAAAUGAUGAUGAGAAACAUGGUUCAACAGUUGAUGGCUCUGUUGCAAGGGCAAGAAGCGUCCGCGAUGUUGUGACUCCCCUUGCUCAUAUGCCUUAUAGUGAUCAGUUGGAGCACAAAAAGACCUCCCUUAUGCAAAAUCUCAAAAAACUUACUAGAAAUGCACGUAAAGCUUGUCCCCAUGGUGUUUCACUUCCAGAAUGGAUUCUCAAAUCUAGGGAAAUAGGUGGUCUUUCAUGUGAACUACAGGGCAUACUUGAAUCACCCCUUGUAAAUGGAUAUCGAAAUAAGUGUGAGUUUUCGGUUGGAUAUUCUCUACAGGGCAAAGCAACAGUGGGAUUUAUGCUCGGUAACUUUAGGGAGGGCGUGACAGCAGUUGAAGAACCGGUGGAUUGCCCAAAUGUUUCAAGAAUUGCUUGCAAAUAUGCUUCUAUCUUUCAGGAAUUUUUGCAACAAUCAGAAUUACCAAUUUGGAACAGAUUUAAGAAUAUUGGAUUUUGGCGUCAAUUAACGGUUCGAGAAGGAAGGACCCCUGGGAAGGUUGUUGACGUUGAAAAUUCUGAUGCCAGCAUUUCAGAGGUCAUGCUUAUUGUUCAGGUUUGCUCUGUGGGCCUUGAUGAUGCUGUUGUAACUGGUGAAUUUGAGAGGCUGGCUCAAGCAUUUGCUGCAGGAGCUAUUGCAAAUUCUCCAUCUUUGCCUCUAACAGCUUUGGUUGUUCAGGAUCACCAAGGAAUAUCAAAUGCUGCACCAGCUGAUGCUCCAUUGCGCCAACUGCCCAUUCCAAAGGCUGCUAGUCCUAAACUGGAGACCAAUGAUGUUGCAGAGGCUAGAAUUCGUGACUGUAUAAGCAAUCUUCAGUUCUGUAUAUCUCCCACAGCUUUUUUCCAGGUUAAUACUCUUGCUGCUGAGAAGCUAUAUUCACUUGCUGGGGAUUGGGCUGGUCUGGGUCCUGAUACAUUGCUAUUUGAUGUAUGCUGUGGUACUGGAACAAUUGGGCUGACUUUAGCACAUCGUGUUGGAAUGGUUAUUGGCAUUGAAAUGAAUGCUUCUGCAGUUUCAGAUGCUUAUAGGAAUGCUGAAAUAAAUGGCAUUAAAAACUGUAAAUUUGUUUGUGCAAAGGCAGAGGAUGUGAUGGGAUCACUAUUGAAAGAGUACCUAAAUGUGCCUCAGAAGCCUGAUGAGAUUUCAAAUACUUCUGAAAAUAGUGACAAAGAAAACGCUACUGCUGGAGAGAAAGAUACCUCAAUUGAUGCUGUACUAGACCUUGAAGAGAGCUCAAGCUGUGAUCUUAUAAAUAACAAAAGUGCUUCUGGUUGUUCAGAAAAUGAAGAGCAAGAAGCUGGAAGCCAACUCCAGAAGAAUUGCACUUCUGAAAGUGAAAAUACUUCUGUGCAGCAGUUUAAAAAUGUUGUUGCUAUUGUUGAUCCUCCGCGUGUUGGACUACAUCCCAUUGUGAUAAAAGCUCUGAGAAUGCAUCCUCGUCUGCGGAGGCUUGUUUACAUUUCCUGUAAUCCUGAAAGUUUAGUGGCAAAUGCUAUUGAACUUUGCACACCAUCUCCUGAGAGUAUUGAGAAAGGGAAUAAAAACAACCGGGGAUGGAGAAAUAUGAGUAGUACCAGUCUAGCACGGCACAGAGCCAAGUCUAUGCCACCUUCAGAGCCUUUCCAACCUGUAAAAGCCAUGGCUGUUGAUCUUUUCCCACAUACUGUGCACUGUGAACUGGUGAUGCUCCUAGAAAGGUAGGUAUGAACCAAAAGACUUGCUAAAGGCUUAGAUGAGUUCUUAUUACCCACAAACUUAGAUAGUAAAAGUUUUUACAUUUACCAAUUUUGUUAUGUUGUUGUAUGCGAAUUCGAUCAACAUAAUUCCGCCUGCUUUCUUCCAUUUAACUCAUCAACUUAUUACCAACUUGGUUGGUUUUUGUGAUCAUUAAUACAAUUAACAGAUUAUAAGUUUGGUAAUAAAAAUGAUGUGCAUGCCCAUAUUUCAAUGC